CGGCUGGAUUAAAUGCAAAUGCUUGAAUUGGCGUGGCGAUGGAAUUGAGUUGUGAAAUCCAUGGCUUCACCCGCUGGAUUAAAAAUCAGGUUCAAUUUCAGUUGUUCUAAUUCCCUACAUCAUUAUUAAGGGAAGUAUUAUUUCUUGAGAGGCCAGAUGUUUGCGUUGGAGCAUCUGCUGCAGGUGAUGAAACAAUAAGAUUCUAGAAUCGUAUAACAACCCCAGAACUCAAAUAAACAGGUACUCAAGUGUACUCAGAAAGUGUUAGCUCUUGUUAACUGAAUGGAAUCAUGCCUGCCCCUGCCCCUUUUACUACAUGCUUGAGGGAAAUUGGAUGUGAGUAUUGAGUGUUCACUCAAAGUUAGUAGUAAAAGUGUGAGAAGAAUAUGAGUUCUAUGUGCAACUUCCUGGUCAUCCACGCCAAUAUAUCCAUCGGGUCUGAAUAUAGUAACUGCCCAGAGUCUUAUUGAACUACAGGGUAAACACCAAGUUCAAGUCAAAGUGGAUAAACCAGGUGGAAAGCAGCUUGCCUAACGCCAAAUUCUUUAUAGUUCCUGCGGCAGGGGAAAUUAAUCAGAACUUACAGACCGCCAUUUUCCUGACAUUAUCGUUUUAAAAGCCAAGGUACACAAGAUGGCACCCGAACAUUCACAACAGAGACUUAACUUUAAGCCACCCCUUAUAUCCAAUCCCUUGCCCGCCCCUUCAUUCACUUUUUUUUUUCUUUCUUCUUUAUCACAAACUUUUAGAGAUAGAGAGGGAGCCAGACAAAAUAAGCCGGGAGCCAGACAAAAUAAGCCUAGAGAGACUCCACUACUCAUCCAACCCCAUUUUAUUCUCAAAACCAAUAAUAAUAAUAAUAAUAAUAAUAUUAUUAUUAUUAUUAUUAUUAUCUAAGCUUAUCACCUAGCCUUUCAUUUCAUCAUUUCUUCAAUCUGUCCAAAUGGGGGAGGAAGAGAAAAAGGGGGAUGAAGUGAAGAAGCCGGAGGAGGUGGAGAAGAAAGUAGAUGAGGGUAGUCCUGCUGCAGCGGGCGGCGGCGGUGAGAAAGCAGACGGGGAGGCCGCCGCCAAUAAAGCGGCGGAGGAGGAUAAGAAGGACGAGUCUCCGCCGCCGCCGCCGGAAAUUGUUCUUAGAGUGUUCAUGCAUUGCGAGGGAUGUGCUCGCAAAGUCCGCCGCUGCCUCAAAGGCUUUGACGGGGUAGAGGAAGUGAUGACUGAUUGCAAGACCCAUACGGUGGUGGUGAAAGGUGAAAAGGCAGAUCCAAUAAAAGUGUUGGAGAGGGUUCAGAAGAAGAGCCACCGCCAGGUUGAGCUACUCUCCCCCAUUCCGCCGCCGCCUCCACCGGCGGAGGAACCCAAAAAGCCGCCGGAGGAACCCCCUCAGGCGGAGGAGAAAAAACAGCCCCAGGUGGUGAGUGCCAUUCUGAAAGUUCACAUGCACUGUGAGGCAUGUGCACAAGAAAUCAAGAGGAGGAUCCAGAGGAUGAAAGGUGUGGAAAAUGUUGAACCUGACUUUAAGGGCUCGUUGGUGACGGUUAAGGGCAUCUUUGAGCCCCCAACCCUAGUGGACUACAUAGCCAAGAGGACCGGCAAAAGGGUGGAGAUUGUGAGGGUGGAGCCCGAGAAGGCGGCGGAGGAGAGCCCGAAGGAGGACAAGACCGCCGCCGCGGAAGGAGGGGAGAAAAAGGAGGAGAAGACCGGUGGCGAGGAAGACGCCGCUGGCAAAGAAAUGAAAGAAGGGGCAGCUGCUGCUGCCCCUCCUGCUGACGUCCCUGCUGAAAUGGCAGGGACAGUUGUUGGGUUUCCAGAUCAAGACGACCCGAAGCUGGAACUGAGGAAGAACGAGUUCUUCUACUACUACUACCCUCCGCCAAACUACUACCACCUCCACGUCCCGCCUCCUCCUCUACCUCCCCCGAGGUAUGGUCAUCAAGAGAUCUAUGGAUAUGGAGUGGAAGCUCAUCAUCCUCCACCACAGAUGUUUAGUGACGACAACCCAAAUGCAUGUUCAGUGAUGUGAACCAUCAUCACCAUCAUCAUCAUCAUCAUGCAUGUAUGUAUGUACGAGGAACAUGGAGAUCAAAUCAGUGAGAGAUAAUAUAUAUAUGGCACAUGGUUGAUCUGCAUGGACAUGGGGCCAUUGUUGGUGUGUCUACACAUGCAUGUGCCCUUGUCUCCCCCUCAAAACCUCUUUAUUUCUACCCCUUUUUUUGUUGUUUACUUUAUAAUGCAUGUUCCAUAUAUAGUGUUAGGUAAUAAUAUCUCAUUUACCUAUAUUAUUGUAGCAUAUACUAUAUGUUACUAAUAAAUAAAUAAUAUUCCCCAUGCUUUAAUAAUUAUAUUUGGUCGAGCUAAAAUGAGAGAAUAUAUAUGCAUGUUGAAUUUGUAUAACUAAAUUAUGACUGAAAGU